AUGGCAUCACCAAGGAUAGCAAUGGCCUCGCGCCGUCUCCUCACACUACACUCUCGCCUCUCCUUAGUCCGCCUCCCAGCCAUCCGGCACUACUCAUCCGGCUUCCAGCCCGGUCCUUCCCCGCCGCGGCUCCCGCCUGAGCAACAAGCCGAGUUCGAGCGCCUGCAGCGCGCCGUCGCCGAGCGCUUUGUCGAGACGCCCGCCGUCGAGACGCCCGCCUCGUCACCCUCGCCAGCCAGCACGUCGCGGCACGUGUCAUCUCCCACGAGCGACGCCGGCAGCGCAACCGCAACAGCAGCGGCGACGCAGAACAAGGACGAGGAGGAGCUCUCGGCGGGCGUGUGGCGCGGCGCCAAGCCCGAGUUUGAGGGCGACGUCAAUCCCAAGACGGGCGAGGUGGGCGGUCCGAAGAAUGAACCGCUGCGAUGGGGCAGUGCGGGCGACUGGAGCUACAACGGGCGAGUGACGGACUUUUGA